CCUUUGUGUCCUGGUGCCAACCCCCAGUUGGAGUGGCAGUAUUACCAGAAUAAACUCCUUAAAGGCAGAGCAGACUUGGGUCCUGGCCUCUGAUUCCUCCAACCGUCCCUCCACACUCUCCAGGUGCCCGUCUAGCUUGUCGCGUUUUGAUGAGCAGUUCUCUACUUUGCCCUCCAGUGAGGACAGUGUGCCCCUGCAUUUCCCUGCACCUCCCAUGAAGCAGCUCACUCCGCGGGUGGAGGGACCGCGCCCCUGCCGCGCUGAGGAACAGGUCAGCCACCCUGUGAAAGGAUGCAGACGCGAAGUGCCGCCCAGGCAGGCGUGGGGAGCAGGGACGCAGGCGCCGCUAUCACCGCAAGCAUGGCCUUUCUGCCACUUUUAGAACAAGUUCUUAGGUUAUUUAACUAGAGUUUUGAAUAUAAGUCACCUAACUCCCCAGCUUUUAGGGCAGAACUCCUUUGAAAGGCAGCUGGAUGUGGCUCUUCAGGCCUCAACUCUUCUUUUUUUUUUUUGGUUUGGUAGCAGCCUCUGUUGAACUGGGAUACUGACAGCCCCGAAAUUCUUACAGAUUUUCAGUUUAGAACAAUGGGUGAUAUUUAGCCUUCCAGAAUCGUCCAGAAACAUGGGGUAGCCUGCUCUGCAUUCUGUCUUGAAUUUGUCAUAGGACAGCAUAUGUUAGUCACAAUGUGUCAGAAAUCAUGGCUCAUAUUUUAUCUUUUGCUGUUUUUAUUUUUGAUGCAGGUGGAAUCUGACCCCAUUAAGAUACUGAUCCUCCAGGAGUUUAGUUUGCCUUUGCGUUUUGGGUGUGUGGGUGCCAGAAUCCAGAAAUGCUUGUGUGGGUUGCACAGUUGGGUGAAAUAUGUGCAUGAUUGCUGAGGUCACACCAGGAAGGAUUGUUUCAGCUUCUGAAGCCAGACCUCUGCAGUGUUUUCCUGGUGGUGCUUUACUUGACUGAUUUUUUUCAUGGAACAUUAUGUCUCUGAAUAAAUAGAAGAUAAAUACUGGGUUCGUUAGUUAGGUGUUGCCAACAGUGUACUCAGAAUAGGUUGGUCUAGAAUUAGCUGAAGUGUGAGCUUGGUCUUAUUUUACUAACUAAUGGUAUUUUUUGUUCAGAACAGUGGUGAACUAUGGCUGAGAAUAGAUGUUUUCAGAGCAUAUUCUUCUUGGAACUCAGUACUAUCCCAAGAGACAACACUGAAGUUGUGUUUUUAGCCUAUAUCUCACUCACUGGUGAAGUGAUAUGAAGUGCACUCGGUAGGCUCUGGACUGUGUGUUCUCAUGUUCUGGUGUGAAGCUAUAAAUUUAGUGUGGAUAUUAAGGCUUAUUUGUGAGCUCUACUCUUUGGGCUGGAGUUGUAGUCUCUCAAGCAAUUGCUUUUCUGAUCACACUUGAAUGUUUUUAAUUGAACAUACAAUGUUAAACCAAAAGUAGAAUUUCCUGAAAGGGGAGAAAAUACUGUGAUACCCUUUUAUCUGAUGUGUGUUGACAAGAAAAAUCUUAGAUUUGGAAUGAAACUUUUUACGGUAUGUGACCUGUGAAAUAAUGUUUUAAUCAAGUGGCAUAUAGGAAUUUUAUGUUUUUGGAAAAUAUUGUUAAUCAGAUGUAAGCUUUGCAGAUGGUUUUCUUUAGGAAACGGCAAAGGAUGUUCAGAGGAGUUGAUUGUAUUUUCCAUUAACUGGUUUCCAUCCCAGAGAGCUCUGUCAUCCUUUGAGGCUGUAGGGAGGGUUCAUCUCCCUGAUCGCUUUUCAUCCUCAUCCAUCUCAGAGAUUGUGUUAAAGGGAUAUUUUAUAUUUAUGUUUUGGCAUAUAUGUUUUAAAUCUAUUGUUAAAAACAGAACCCUCUCUAUUUAUUAUGAUAAGUUUUAAUCAGACUGUUGGUGAAGAAUAUAUGGGAAACAAAUCAUUUUAGAUUUACAGAUUUCUUUGAUUAAAUAAGGGGGUAAAUGUCAUUGGGGAUAACUGUGGAUUUAUUGAAUAUUUGAAUAUGAAAGGAAUGGUAAAUUUAUUGAAUAAAAGUUAAGGAAAGUCAGUUUUUAACAUAGUCAUUAAUUUUUAUUUUUAAAGCGGAAAUACCAGAUUCAUCAAUGUGGGAAAAUCAAGAUUCUGCACAAACAAAUGGAAUUGAUUAUGUUUUGUCAAAGGCUGAAAUUGCAUCUUGUAGUUAUGAAGCCAGACAAGUUGGCAUUAGAAAUGGAAUGUACUUUGGGCAAGCAAAACAACUUUGUCCUAGUCUUCAGGCUGUACCGUAUGAUUUUCAUGCGUAUAAGGAGGUUGCACGAACGAUGUAUGAAACUCUGGCAAGCUACACACAUAACAUCGAAGCUGUCAGCUGUGACGAAGCCCUGGUGGACAUCACUGAAAUCCUCGCGGAGACCAGACUCACUCCUGACGAGUUUGCAAAUGCUGUCCGCAUGGAAAUCAAAGACCAGACUAAAUGUGCUGCCUCUGUGGGAAUUGGUUCUAAUAUCCUCCUGGCCAGAAUGGCAACUAGAAAAGCAAAACCAGAUGGCCAGUACCACUUAAAACCAGAAGAAGUAGAUGAUUUUAUCAGAGGUCAGCUGGUUACGAAUCUACCAGGCGUUGGACGUUCGAUGGAAUCCAAGUUGAUGUCUUUGGGAAUUAGAACUUGUGGAGACUUGCAGUAUAUGACCAUGGCAAAGCUCCAGAAAGAAUUUGGACCCAAAACAGGACAGAUGCUUUAUCGGUUCUGCCGUGGUUUGGAUGAUAGACCAGUUCGAACUGAAAAGGAAAGAAAAUCUGUUUCAGCUGAGAUCAACUAUGGAAUAAGGUUUACACAGCCUAAAGAAGCAGAAGCUUUUCUUCUGAGCCUUUCGGAAGAAAUUCAGCGACGACUGGAAACUGCUGGUGUGAAGGGUAAACGCCUAACUCUCAAAAUCAUGGUACGAAAGCCAGGGGCCCCUGUAGAAACUGCAAAAUUUGGAGGCCAUGGAAUCUGUGAUACCAUUUGCAGGACCGUAACUCUUGACCAGGCAACAGAUAGUGCAAAAGUAAUUGGAAAGGCUACGCUAAACAUGUUUCAUGCAAUGAAACUCAACAUAUCGGAUAUGAGAGGGGUUGGGAUUCUAGUGAAUCAGUUGGUUCCGACUAAUCCGAACCCUUCAGCUGGUCCCAGUCACCCAGCAGUGCAGUCGAGCCACUUUCCUGGCAGCUCACACUCUGUCCUCGAUCUCCUCCAAGUUCAAAAAACGAAGAAGCCCCCAGAAGAGGAGCACAAGGAAGUAUUUCUAGCUGCGCUGGAUCUGGAAAUAUCAUCCGCCUCCAGCACUUGCACUUUUUUACCAUCUCUUUCUGCACAUCCGACAUCAGGUGCCAGUGCUGCCACCAGCAGAGCGGAGCCCUCAGGGAAGUGGAACGGCCUGCGCUCUCCCCUCAGUUUAAAGUCAAGACUUAACCUUAGUAUAGAGGUCCCGUCGCCUUCCCAGCUCGACCCGUCUGUUCUGGAAGCUCUUCCACCUGAUCUCCGGGAGCAAGUGGAGCAAGUGUGUGCUGUUCCGCAAGCAGAGCCACAUGGUGACAAGAAGAGAGAGCCAGUCAAUGGCUGCAGUACAGGAAUUUUGCCGCAACCAAUUGGGACAGUUUUGUUACAAAUACCAGAACUUGAAGAAUCUAACGGGGAUACAGAAAUUAGUGUAAUAGCCCUGCCAGCGUUUUCCCAGGUGGACCCUGAGGUGUUUGCAGCCCUUCCUGCUGAGCUUCAAAAAGAGCUGAAAGCAGCCUAUGAUCAAAGACAAAGGCAGGGAGAAAACAGCGCUCAGCAGCAACCGGCCGGCGCACCUGUGCCAAAGAAUCCGUUGCUGCAGCUAAAACCAGCAGCAGUGAGAGAAAAGAAAAGAAACAAGAAAAAAAGUCCCAUGAGUCCCCCCAAAAAGAUUCAGAGCCCUUUGAAAAAUAAGCUGCUGAACAGUCCUGCAAAAACUCUGCCAGGGGCCUGUGGGAGUCCCCAGAAGUUAAUUGACGGGUUCCUAAAACACGAAGGCCCUGCCUCUGAGGAACCUCUGGGAGACCUCUCUGCUUCCACUUCAGGUGUUGCUGGCCUUUGUGGUUUGCAGCCUGACCCGUCUGGGUGGGUUAGACCCCCAGCACCCAACCUGGCUGGAGCUGUUGAGUUCAGUGACGUCAAGACCUUGCUCAGAGAGUGGAUAACCACCAUUUCAGAUCCAAUGGAAGAAGACAUUCUGCAAGUUGUGAAAUACUGUACUGAUCUAAUAGAGGAAAAAGAUUUGGAAAAACUGGAUCUAGUUAUAAAAUACAUGAAAAGGUUGAUGCAGCAGUCGGUGGAAUCAGUUUGGAAUAUGGCAUUUGACUUUAUUCUUGACAAUGUUCAGGUGGUUUUACAACAAACUUACGGAAGCACAUUAAAAGUUACAUAAAUAUCACCAGGGAGCCUGGUGCUCUCUGCUAGCUGUGCCAUAAGUGCUUGUGAGGUAUUUGCAAAGUGCAUGAUAGUAAUGCUCUGAGUUUUCUAAUUUGAAAUUUCUUUUUAAGCCAGGUGUUUUUGUACAUUUCUUUUCAAUAAGUGCCAAAUUUGUCAGUAUUGCAUGUAAAUAACUGUGUUAAUUCUUUUACUGUAGUAUAGAUUCUAUUUGCAAAAUGUUUGUUUAUAAAGUUUUAUGGAUUUUUACAGUGAAGUGUUUACAGUUGUUUAAUAAAGAACUGUAUGUAUAUUUUGUACAGGCUCCUUUUUGUGAGUCCUUGAGGAAGCAAAUCCUCAACUAUGGGCUCCAUGCCAAGCUCUGAAAUUCCUGCAAGUCCCAGAGUGGGACUCUGCUUGUUCCAAGCAAUCUGGCCAUUCUGGACCCCAAGCAUGAACACAGGACCAUGUUAAGAAAAUCUUCUUUACUUCUUCCAAGUGGAGAAAUUUACAUAUUUUGAAUGAGAACACACACACAAUUGAAGGUUAAAUUUUUCCUGGGAAAAUUAUGUCCCCCAGAUGGUUUAGAGGUUUUGAGUUUGCCUCUACUGGCCCUUGAGAAACUUCAAUAAUAAUGAAUGGUACAGAUUUUCAAAUGUAUAUAAAAGUAUUUUCCUAUGCUAUAGGUUAUGCCAUAACACUUUAAAAAUAGUUUGUAAUUCUAUGCCAGUGAAUACUUGGGAACAUUUUCUUCCAACACCCCACAUUGACUUUCAUUCAACACUGUGCUAUAAAUAGGUAGUCAGGUGUUAGGGGUCUGCCAGAAGAAUUCAUCUCAGGCUGACAGAUUUCUUACAUCAGGGACCCACUUCCCACAUU